GUCGGUCGUCAGUUCAUUAGCGGGCGUCUGCAGUUAGUUUACGUAACAUAGGCCAGUGUAAGUGUGUAUAUAAAUGGACUGUUCCAAUGCUAAAUGCCACUUCUGAAUUGCAGAAUCUACACUUUUGUUUUUAAGUUAAUUAGUUUUCAGUUGCUAAAAUGUUGUCGUUGUGUGGUAGAACGCUUUUUCCAUCAAGGUUGCUCAGCUCUUGUCAAAGACUACAAAGCACGUUGGUAGUAGCGGAGCAAUCAGAUGGUGCAUUGACUCCUAUCACACUAAACGCAGUGACUGCAGCUUGUAAAAUUGGAGGUGAUGUAUCUUGCCUUGUGGCAGGUGCUAGCUGUUCAAAGGCUGUGGAGCAGUUAAAGUCAGUUGCUGGUGUGUCAAAAAUAAUUGUUGCAGAAGAUGCUUCUUACAAAGGAUAUAUGCCAGAGAGUUUAACGCCCCUGAUUUUACAAAUUCAAAGCCAAAACAACUACAGUCACAUUUUAGCUGGUGCUAGCGCGUUUGGUAAAAACCUGCUACCCAGAGUGGCGGCAAAGCUUGAUGUGGAUCCAAUCAGUGAUAUCAUUGAUAUUAAAUCCCCGGAUACUUUUGUAAGAACUAUAUAUGCAGGUAAUGCCAUACAAACAGUGAAAACAUCUUCAAGUGUUAAAGUAGUCACAGUCCGAGGAACCUCAUUUGAAGCUGCAGCUGAAACUGGUGGAAGUUCUUCAGUUGAUGAUGCACCAAAGGUUGAAGGCAGUCCACUUUCAGCAUGGGUCAGUCAAGAGUUAAGUAAAAGUGACCGACCCGAACUUACAGCUGCCCGUAUUGUAAUAUCUGGAGGCAGAGGUAUGAAGAAUGGUGAGAACUUUGACAUGCUGUACAAGCUUGCUGAUAAAAUGAAUGCAGCAGUUGGAGCUUCACGAGCAGCUGUGGAUGCAGGGUACGUUCCAAACGAUAUGCAAGUCGGACAAACAGGAAAGAUUGUUGCACCAGAGCUGUACAUAGCUGUUGGGAUAUCAGGGGCAAUUCAACAUUUAGCUGGUAUGAAAGAUAGCAAGACCAUCGUAGCUAUCAAUAAAGACCCAGAAGCGCCAAUCUUCCAAGUAUCAGAUUAUGGACUUGUGGAGGAUUUGUUUAAAGCUAUUCCACAAAUGGAUGACUUGCUUAAGUAGUUAAUGCAUUCAACCCUACCUUAUUUCCAUUGUAAUUAAAUUUCAAGCAAUAAAUGUAUUUCUGGAUCACUUGA